AUGUCAUUGCAUAUCUACGUUGCUCAUACGGGCGAGCAGCUGCUUGCUGAUCCCGUUUCGUUCGCUUCGCCUGAUGCUUUGCGAACAUGGAUCUCCAGGAAAGUCUCGAUACCGGCCCAGCGACAAAUAUUGAUGACUGCUCGCGGGAGGAAUGUUAGGCCGCAGACUCUUGCUACAGAGAAUGAAAUAUUCGUCUAUGACCGGUUAUAUAUAAGCGACAACGCAGUUAGAGACCUCCCAGAAGUCGCACCACCCCAACGUUUUACUCCGGAAAACCCUCCCAAUACCUUAGCAGAUCAGAAUAACUUACAAGCAUGGCGAAGUCUCUACAUGGCACGGAGGGAGUGGGCUUUAAAUCUGGCGACACAGUGCGCUCCAACCAGUAAAGCGAUCGACAACCAGAUCGAGCACACACAUGUCAUCAAUCGAGCUGUGGAUGUUGCCUUGGAGAAUCUGAAAUCGCACGUCGGAAACCUAGAACACAAGUUCCAGGAGUCUCAGUCGUGGGCGAACGAUAUAUUUAAGGAACAGCAGCUGGUUCUUGACGGCUGGCGUCGUGCGCUUGCCAACAUUGAAACCAUCCCGGCGAAGCAAGACUUUACCUUCCUGCGACGUCCAUCAACCCCCAAGAAAGCCAAGGACCACCAGACUGGAACUCUACAGGACUACAUUGAUGUGGAUCAGGUCAAGCGUGCUGGAUCCCAGGUGUCUACCGUGUCUGAGCGAUUCGCCCAACGUAUGGAUGAGAUAGAGAAAGCGGUCCAUGAGGUGGUGUCAGAAACGGAGUUACUGGUAGAAGCAUCCCAUCCAUCACCCCAAGAAAAUGCAAGUGGUCUUCUAGAGGAGAUUGAAACAAUUUCCAAGAAAAUCAACUCUGACUAUGAGCAUGUGCUGGCGCUUCCGAACACACAAAAAACAUUGUCAAGUGUCUCGAGGAUGGCGUUGAAUCAUACAAAGGAUCUCCUUCCGUCUAUGAUGGAAAUGUGUCUGGAGAUACAGACUACAUUGGACCAGUCCAUCAAGAAACGGAACUUAGCGAUGAAGUCCGCGGUUAGCCGAAUGCAGAAAAUCUCCAACAUAGAAUCUCGAUUAGCUAGCGUUCAAGCAGAACUAUCCAAUUUGGAUGUUGACGGGGAGGUCUUUGAUACGUUAUACGAGGCUUUUCACCUACCUGUUUUGUAUGGGUCCGUUCUCGUCGAGGCCGUUCGCCGUCGUGAAUGGAGUGACAAAAUAAAAACCGAUUCUCUGAGCAUCGCUGAGGAACUUGCAAGUUUUCGGGAUGAAGAGCAACGUCGAAGGAAGAAAUGGGUGAAAGCCAUGGGUGCUUUUCUCUCCUUGUUUGAAGAAAGCACGCCCGGCAUAGAGAUCAACUUUCAAGGGACACAGGUGCCUGAAUGGCCUGAAGUCUCACGAAAGGAGGUCGAAGCCUAUAUCGAAGACCUGAAAACUAAGCCUGAUACGAGUUCUGCUGUUCAAGAGCUAACGCAACUAUUGAAAGAUUUGGACACGCCUACGCGACACCAGAGACGAAAAUCUAAGGCAUUCAAACAUGGAAGCGUUUUUGAUCUUGGUCGAAGUUCAUUCCUUGGUCGUGACGAUGAUAUGGUUCGCAGCUUGAAAGACGAGAAGACCAAACUUGAAGACAAACUAAAGGGCUCAGAGAGCCGUAUUCGGAAACUUGAAGAUCUGCUCCAUCGCCAGAGCCAGAUGAGUCGACCAGCCAGCACACAUUUUGGCUCUGAGAUACCCAUAUAUUCAGCAUCUCCCCGCCCAGAUCAACUGUCAAGAAGGUCAUCAAUAUCCUCCCGUCGAAUGUCGUCAAACCAGUCUCCAGAAGACAAGGCAUUAAUGCAACGAAUUGUUACUCUUGAAGCUGAGCUGCUUGCAGAAAAAGAAACGGUCGCAAAAAUGCAAAAGGAAGCGCACGUCGAACGCCAGUCCAACAAUUAUAAAAUCCAAGAAGCUCACUCCACCAAAAAGGACUUGAUGGAAAAUUUAGAGGCUCAACAGCGUGAAUUUGAAGAUGAACGGAGAUUUCUGGAUUUGGAGGCCAAAAAGCUUAAAAUUAAACUUGAAGAAGCCGAAGAGGAACUUGAUAAAGUAAUGGAUGCCCGGGAACAUGACAGGAUUGGUGCGGAUGAACGACUGAGCUUGCUCCAAUCAGAAUUCGAUGCCUUGCAAAAGAAGUCUGCUGAGGAGAUAGCGGAUCUCACUUCUCAAGUCCAAACUUACCAUGAGAGUAACGAGAAGGCCAACACCGAGAAUUCGACCUUACAAGAUCGACUCGAAGAAUUCGGUCGAAAUCAAAAAGACUACAUACAAACUCUACAGACUGCCCAUGCCCACCUUUCUCCAGGUGGUUCUGCUCCCCAAGAUUUGCCCUCUCUUGUCAGAGCGAUAGAGGUCUUGUCAGAAGGCCUAGCAAUCCAUGCCAAGGGUUCCGACGAAGCUUCAGCCAAGGCGCAUGAGGAAAACAGGACUUUGUUGGCGAGGUUGGAACAAAUGGAAACUGAAAUCAAUACAUUAAGGACAAGCCUUGCAGCCGAAGAAAUUGAACGAUCUCGCCUGCAAACGAUACAGAGUGAAGAAACGCGAAAACUUUCGGCCGUCAAAUCGGAACUGGAGGACGAGCGUCAACAGGUCAGAACUCUAAGGUCCAAGUUCACUGCUGGAGAGACUGGCUCAGAGAUUCUAAGGGAGCGCGUUGCUGAAGAGGAGCGCAAAGUUGCUACAUUAACCGAAAAACUCGACGCUGCGGAAUCUCACACACUUAGCUGUGAGGAGGAGAUCCGCACUUGGAAAACAAAAGUGGAAGGAUUGGAAGCAGCUGGAGAGCGCACCAUUAUACGGCUUAAUACCAGAGGAAUCUGGGCGAAAGAGCUUUCUGAAAAGCUCUUCUCCCAAGCUGAGCAGCUCAGCCGCAUACUACACCAACUCGGUUUCACAAUUAUCCGUCAAGAUGAAAAUAUGGUCAUUCAACGAGCGUCGAAGGUCAACAACAGUUCGAUCCUUGGGGAGAGCAUCAGCUUGCCCUCCGUUACUCCGGCGAUUCAUGAUCCGAAAUUGCUACAGUGGAUACACACCAAUGAUCCCGAAGAGGAACAGGCAAAUUACACUGCGUUCAUCACGGCUGUUAAUGAGUUCAACGUCGAGGCAUUCGGGGAAGCAAUAGUCAAGCGCGUGAAGGAUAUCGAAACACUAGCACGUAAAUGGCAAAAGGAAGCUCGGGGUUAUCGUGAGAAGUCACGCCGUUUCCAGAGUGAAUCUCAUGAGAAGAUUGCGUACCGGUCAUUCAAGGAGGGGGAUCUGGCACUAUUCUUACCAACGCGCAACCAGGCCAUACGAUCCUGGGCUGCGUUCAAUGUUGGCGCUCCCCACUACUUCCUCCGAGAGCAGGAAGUGCACAAACUACACACCCGCGACUGGCUUCUUGCCCGAAUCUCAAAGAUCGAGGAGAGAGUGGUUGAUCUGUCGAAAUCCAUGAACGGCACGAAUCCGGAUCGCCGCUCUAUUGCGGAAACAAGUGAUGGAGCUUCAGUUAUGGAUGACGACAACCCAUUCGAACUCUCCGAUGGUCUGCGCUGGUAUCUACUUGAUGCGUCGGAAGAAAAGCCAGGGGCGCCUAGUACACCAGGACUGGCUAAGACUACCGUUGCUUCGGCCCAUGUGGACGCGAAAGGCAGUAUCCGUUUGAAGCGGGGAUCUAAUGGGGGUGGGGCAACGAAGACGUUGACGAAGAAUCUUGAUAGCAGGCGAAACAGCUCGGCAUCGAAGAUAGGCACUCCAGUGCCCGCACUGCAAUCUGCAGAAUCGAUCGGGGAUGGUAUUGUUUUGCCAGCGGAAGGGGAUUCGGGUGCACUGCGGCGAAGGGAGGAAGCACCUAUUUUCGACGAGGGUGCCAAACGGGACAGAGCUGGUUCUCGACCCCGAACUCUUAGCCGGAAUAACAGCGGCCGUGCAAGCGCUGUUCCUUCUUCACCCAUCUCUUCGCCGAACAAACGCGCAUCGAGGCCACGGCCUUGGGAGAAGCUUUGGUCGUUGGACUACCGAUCUGAAAGUCUAGGUGACAGGUGGUAA